UUUUCUUUUAUUUGCUCAACUAUUACACUCUUGUAUAUUCGCUCUUUAUAAUGCUAAACACUAUGGAGGAAGAAAUGCGUGCAAACGAAAAAUAUGAAAGAGAACAACAAAAAUUGGAUGCAAUGACUUUAAAUUCUUUAGCAGCAAGUCAAUAUCAGUUUCAUAUAGCUAGGUCCCCAACGGAUAAUGAUUGGGAUAACCAAAGCUAUUAUGAGGUUGUUUCUUCCCCUUACAUUAAUUCGAGGGAAAUUGUAUCACAAUUUAAUUCCCCUCAACAACACCAAAAGCCACCAUUCCUUUUAUUUGCUAGCGUUUCUGCAACACAAAGUGGGGAACGACGGCGUGAUAAGCGUUUCUUUCCAUUGUUAUUUAAAAGUAAAAUUCGUACAAACAACAACAAGAGAAUUUCUCAUCCAAAACGGAAGAAGCGCCCGCCGCCAAAAUCUAAAAAUCCAACUAACGAUGGUGGUGGCCCAAAAGAAAGAGAUUUGAGCGUUCUUUAUGGGUCAAAUCCUUUUCCUGGCCAUGAAUUGGCUUCUACAACACCUACCCCACAGCCAAGUUCAGAUCCUUGGACAACUGUUCAACCUCAUUUUGGACCUUUAUUUGUCGGUGUCUCCAACCCUAAAGCACUUGUUUUGCCUGGUGGUCGAGCUCAACAACAAACAGCAGAAUUGGGAACUUUUUGGGAAAGUAGAAAAAUUGGUCCAGGCGAAGGGAAUUGGCCUACCCCUUCUCCACACCCCCUCAACUACACAAGUUCUCCAAAAAUUCAAACACCAAUAACCGCCCCUUACCGUGCUAAAAAAUAUGAUGAUUUGUGUUGGGAAACGUUAUUGGGGCAGGAAGUGGCAAAAAUUGUUACAACGGUUAGAUUUUGA